AUGUCCAUUUGUGAGAAAUAUUUCCCAGACGAACCAGACAAACCAGUUGUUAAGACUUCAUCAUUCCCAGGGCCGCAAUCCCAGGAGGGCAUCAAGUCAUUGAAUAAGGUGUUUGAUAGUAGACCAACAUACUUCAUAACCGACUACGAAAAGUCUAUUGGUAACUACAUUGUCGAUGCUGACGGUAACACAUAUUUGGAUGUUUACGCCCAAAUUGCAUCCAUUGGGUUGGGCUACAACAACCCGGCCUUAAUCAAGGCGGCCAAGUCCGAUAAGAUGAUCAGAGCGAUUGUGGAUCGUCCAGCGCUUGGUAACUUUCCAGGCAAAGACACGGCCGAAAUUAUCGGUGACUUGUUGAAGGUGGCUCCAAAGGGUCAAGAUAAGAUUUGGUCGGGUUUAUCAGGCGCCGAUGCCAACGAAUUGGCAUUCAAGGCAGCAUUUAUGUGGUACCAGGGCAAGAAAAGGGGCUUUAACACUCCUUUUACUGCUGAAGAAAACGAAUCGGUCAUGAAGAACGAGCUGCCUGGUAGUCCAGACUUGGCCAUUCUUUCGUUCAAGAAAGCGUUCCAUGGUAGAUUGUUUGCCAGUGGAUCGACCACCUGCUCAAAGCCAAUCCACAAGUUAGACUUCCCUGCAUUCAAAUGGCCAAAAGCUGAGUACCCAUCGUACAAGUACCCAUUAGAUAAGCACGUUGAAGAAAAUAAAAAGGAAGACCAGCGUUGUCUCCAAAUCGUCGACGAAAUCCUCUCCACUAAUAAGGUCCCAAUUGCCGCGUUGCUUAUUGAGCCUAUUCAAUCCGAAGGUGGUGACAACCACGGCUCAAACGAGUUUUUCCAAGGCUUGAGAGACUUAACCUUAAAAUACGGCGCCUUAAUGAUCGUCGACGAAGUCCAAACUGGUGUUGGUGCUACGGGUAAAUUCUGGUGCCAUGAACAUUUCAACUUGUCUCCACCUCCAGACAUGGUCACCUUCUCCAAGAAGUUCCAAUCGGCCGGUUACUACUUCCAUGACCCAGAAAUCGUCCCAAGCAUUUCAUACCGUCAAUUCAGCACCUGGUGUGGUGAUCCAGCCAGAAUGAUCUUGGCUGGUGCCAUCUGUGACGAAGUCGUUAAGAAUGAUUUGCCAGCAAAGGCGCAAAAGGUCGGUAGCUACUUGUUCUCCAAAUUGGAAGCUUUACAAGCCAAAUACCCACAAUAUCUCCUCAACUUGAGAGGUAAGGACAGAGCUACCUUCAUUGCCUGGUCCUUCGACACGGGUGCUGUUCGUGAUCAAUUCUUAAAGGAUAUGAAGUCUGUUGGUGUCAACAUGGGUGGGUGUUCUGAGACCUCGGUUAGAUUAAGACCAACCUUGGUGUUCGAAGAGAAGCACGCAGACAUCUUUGUUGCCGGUGUUGAAAAGGUUUUAUCUAGCUACAAAUAA